UGUUUUUUUUACGGUCGUACAUUUUCACGUGCAGCGCUUUUUGUCCUCUCUGCAGCCUCAUUCAGGACCAAACCCCAGCUUCAACAUGCCAACCCGAGUUGCCGUGGUAACUGGAAGUAACAAGGGCAUCGGUCUGGCCACUGUCCGAGCGCUCUGCAAGCAGUUUGAAGGAGACGUUUACCUCACUGCCAGAAAUGUAGGCCGUGGUGAGGCAGCGGUGAAGGCUCUGAACUCAGAGGGACUGAAGCCCCUGUUUCACCAGCUGGACAUCGACGAUCUGAACAGCAUCAAAACCACUGCUGAGUUCUUCAAACAGAAAUACGGAGGAGUGGACGUCCUCAUCAAUAACGCUGCGAUAGCUUUCAAAGUGGCAGACACGACUCCGUUUGGCAUCCAGGCGGAGGUGACCCUCAAGACAAACUUCUUCUCCACCAGAAACAUGUGGACUGUCUUCAAUGAGAUCAUCAAACCUGGAGGUCGUGUGGUGAACGUCUCCAGCAUGAACUGCGUCAGUGGUUUGAAGAAGUGCAACUUGGACCUCCAGCAGCGUUUCCGCAACGAGAACAUCACAGAGGAGGAGCUGGUGGAACUGAUGCAACGAUUUGUCAAUGAGGCCAAGAAAGGCGAACAUAAAGAGCGUGGCUGGCCUGACGGGGCCUAUACAGUGUCUAAAAUUGGAUUGACCGUGCUGUCCGUGAUUCAUGCUCGUCGUCUGACCAAGGAGAGACCGAAUGACGGGAUCCUUUUGAACGCCUGCUGCCCAGGAUGGGUGCGCACUGACAUGGCUGGACCAACUGCUCCCAAGUCACCAGACGAGGGCGCUGUCACACCGGUCUACCUGGCUUUGCUGCCAUCUGGAGCCAAAGAGCCUCAUGGAAUGUAUCUCUCGGACAAGGAAGUCCAGCCGUGGUGAAAGAGAGUUUAACAUGAAAAAUAAUUUGCAAAGAAAGUUUGUCUCUGAAAAGACUGUUCAGAAGUGGUGAUGAGCGUGUGAGACUCGCAGUGUUUCCACAUCAGCGAUAACAAAAUGGGGUGAAAUCGAAACUGUGAAACAUUUAAAGAAUGAAAGUCACCCAACAACAAAAAAACUAACAUAAACUGACAUUGCUAAAGCUCAGGGAUGGUUUUUUUAGGACAGAGUUUAACUCUUAUCCAAAUAUUUUGAUAAUAAAACCAAAAUUGUUCAUUUUAUUCUCAGUGUGAUGGACCGAGCAGUGAAGGAAACUUAGGCACAGGUUAAAGUCCAAAAAAAUGAUUUUUUAUUUAACCCAAAAAACAUAAUUGGUUAACUCAUGCAAAAAGAAUCAAAAUCUUGGGCCCAUAAAAGAGGUCAAACUAACAAAAACUCUACUCAAAGUUGACAACACUACUGAUAACUCAAACAAACUGACCUAACUUAAUGAGACAAAGGGGAAACUUAAAUAGUGGCUGAUCAGCCCACAAAAACAGGAGAAGGGGUAAAACACACAAAACCUAACUAAACCAAACAUAAUGAACUCCAAUUCCUCCCCAUGGUCCUGAGUUAUGGCGUGAACCAAUUUGUAGUCUUCCUUUAAAGCUCACUCCGCCCCUUUUCCACCUCUUGGCUCCUUAAUCAAGGGACUGGAACAGCUGUAACUAAGGUAACUCAGAAAACAAAAAAUCAAUCAUACAUAACAGUGUAAACUAAAACGUGCGCACUUAUUUUAGAAUGCAGUGUUAUGUGGAUAUGUGAAUUAACUCUAAACCAAAACCAGUUAUUGUCCUGUAAAUAAAUUCCUAUAUUUAAAGAAAGAAAAGUGAAUGCAAGGUUACUUAUAAGCCUCUACACUAACAUGGUGAUAUUACCACUGUGUGGCUGUAAGUGCAGCCAUCACACUCAGUAACAGUACAGUACUGUGUUAUGUGUGUGUCUGCUAGCUGGAAUGAAUCAAAAUGAAAGUGAAUCCGUGAAAUGUCGAAUUGUCGGCAAAGCCUUCAGUACAUAACAUUUUCAUAUCUUUGACAUCAUAAACUUGCAUUAACUGGAUGAAGCUAAUUGUUCAGAAUUACUAGAAAAUGUGUUUGUUUUAUACAAAAUGCUGUUUUUUUUUGUGUUUUUUAAAAUAAAACAUGUGGAUCUCCAGUCAAAAUACCAAAUAAAGUGACUUCAAAACAUAA